AGGAUUUUUAAUUAUUUAUGUUUUAUAGUGUUUGUCGCUGUGUUUGUGGUUUUUAAUUUAGCUUUGUUUGAUUUUUGAUCCAAAAAGGGUUAUUAUCGACCUGUCAAGAAGACAUUUUUUCGCCAAACUGUCUUCACAAGAUCGCAAAAUAGGAGACGACAAUCGUUUUAAGUUUUCUAAUUUUAUAUCGAAUCUGCCACCCAUCGGUGGUAGAGCGAUGCCCCGCUGCAGCAAACGCACCCGCAGCAGCGCGCCGGCAGCCGAGCUGCUGCCGGGCACCACCUCCCUGGAGGACCACCACCAUCACAAGAGGUCCAGGAACUCCAGUUCAAGAAGACAUUCCAAGUCGGAGGACACAAGUUUCAGUGUGAAGAAAUGUUUGGCGUGGUUCAAAGAGUACACAACUGUAUCGGAGCCUGAUGUAUUAGGACCUGAAGGUAUGGAGAAAUUCUGUGAGGAUCUCGGAGUGGACCCGGAGAAUGUUGUGAUGCUGGUCAUAGCGUACAAGAUGGGAGCCAAACAGAUGGGCUACUUUACACAGGAAGAGUGGCUUAAAGGUUUAACGGAUUUACAAUGUGACAGCGUGCACAAACUACAGAAUAAGUUAGAAUUCCUACGCAACAUUCUCAAUGACCCAUACAUGUUCAAAGCUAUAUACCGAUAUUCAUAUGACUUUGCAAGGGACAAAGAACAGCGUUCUCUGGAGGCGGGCGUGGCGCGCGCGUUACUCGGCGUGCUGUUACCGCGCUGGCCGCUGCGUGCACCACUAGCCGAGUUCCUGGCGGGUGCGCGCCGGUACCGCGUCGUCAACCGCGACCAGUGGUGCAACAUACUCGAGUUCAGCCGCACCGUCGACGCCGCGCUCGCCGCGUACGACCCCGAUGGCGCGUGGCCUGUGAUGCUGGACGAGUUCGUAGAGUGGCUGCGUGCGGGCGGCGGGUCGGCGGGCGGUGCGGGGGCGGCGGGCGCGGGGGACGACAACAUGGCCAACAGCUGAGGACCGCCCGCUAACGGCGGAAGCGCUCGGCAGCGGUGCGACGCGAGCGGCGUGUGACGUCACUCCUGCUACACACCUCGACGCUACUGUCAUUACGUCACACCACCACUACUUAUAUACAAAUUCUUUGAUAAAAACAUAAUACACGAUAGUAUAAAGCAAGCUAUAUUAUCAGAGAAGUUGAUUCACAGGUGGACGGCUGGCAUAGGUAAUUUGAUCGCAUUAUAUCAGACCCAGCUAACAGAUCAUAGCCUACAUUGAAUCGACAUAACCCGACCAAAUGAUGUGGGUCCGUCAGCUGCCUAUAAAACAAUAUCUCAGACGGUACAUAACGUCGUUUAAUCCCAUGCUAAGUUAACUUGCGUUAUGGCAAUUCGGCCAUCGGAUUUUUCAUAUUACGUUGUGAAGGUCUUACCGUGGGUAAAAUAACGGCAACUAAAUUUCGGUAAUGAUUCAGUUAGCAUUUAAUGACAGUUUAUCUACUUGUGGCGUAUUUCUAAAAUAAUUUAAACGCUAUUUAAUAGAUAUUCGAAUUAUUCUGAUCAAAUAUUACAAAGAUGAGAAUAAUUUGACUACAGGAAUAUUAAUUGUUGGACUAACUUCCACCUAACAUAUAAUAUUGGAUAAGCUAUAUUGUAGAUCUUGUUAUGCUGCAUUUUAUACUAAUUUUGGCAGUGCCAAAACGAUCAUAAGUGUUAUAUGUACAAGGAAUAUUUUUGAUCAACAUAUGAUAAGAUCAGAAAACUGCAUUACUUACAUUUUAAGCUGUGUCAAAUAUCGAAGCCAAGAAAUAGCGAAAGACACUUAAGUUUUCAUUAUUUUAAAGAUGUGUGUAACAUAAUGACAGUAGUGUCUACAGGUGUUAAUUCCUGGGAUGAGUGAACGCCUGCUUGUGUAUAUGUAUGUAUGUUUGUAUAUUGUCAAUUUUGGUCGACCGAGCCGGUCAUAGUGGAUCAGACCUGACGUUAUGUUCUAUGACCAGAGUAUAUAAAGACCCUUGACCAAAGUGUUUGGAUUUUUAUAAUCAGUUUGCUAAACGCAUUAACUAGGAAUGAAGCACAAAGAUUUUUGUUGAAUUUAUGUACCGUUUUUUUAUAUUUUCGUCAUUAUUAAGUUCUCAUAUUAUAAGGUAUUUUUUAAAGUUCUUUUCUUAUCUCCGAUGAGAAAAUCUUCAAAUCAAGACACCGUAACUAGGUCCCGAUCCUAGAAAAUAAAUUAUUUUGUUGAUAAAUUGUGCAGAUACUUUAUGGCAAGUGUCUCUGUGUACCCUAACCAUUAUCCUUUGUAUAUUUAGUCAGAUCUGAUCCAUAGAUUUUAUAAUUUAAAUGUGUUGCAUAUUAUAAACAUAAUGAAUUAGAAAUUAAAAUAUAAUUUUUAAUGUUAACAAUCUCCAAUACUCUGAAACAUGAAGCUUGGUAAAAUGGCGCGAAAAUUGGGCGCCAUUUUGUGUGCGUCCGCCAUUUUAUGGUCGAGUCACGCCAGGACUUAUAAUUUAUUUUGCCCACCGAAUCGAAGGUAUAGUACAAGGGGUAAUGAGUGACUUUUCUUCUUAGUAUGUGCCGAAUUGGAAUUAUCUAAACAACCGCCACCUUUCAAAGUCGGUUAAUUGAUGUGAUAGAUGUUGAUAUAACGAUAUAUUAAAAUUGGCAGCUUUGCUGCACAUCGGUGGCUAUGUAUAUCAAUUAAUUAAGCAAAUAAAUUAUUAAAAUUAUAAAGGUAACUCAUAAUAUUUGUUAACACUUUGCCGCUCUCCCGUCAUGUUUUUCUUCGCUGUACUUAUUUCAUUUCCAAAAUUUGGUAUGUAAAAUUGUAAUUACGAGUAUUAGGCUGAAAAAUUAUUGUUUAAAUGUAAAUUUCAUUAACGUAAAUGUAUAGUAGAAGUAUGUAACCGUCACAAAUGUUCUUGUACGAUGUAGCGACUAGCGAGUUGACGCGAAAUUGUUUGAGGGCGGACUAAACACAUGUAUAGUCGAGAACACUAAUAUAGAUACACGCCUAAUUAUAUUAAAAAUAUAUACAAAACUAUCUAUACUAAUCAUAAAG